ACAAUCGCACUUGCCCAUACAGACACAAACAGACAUGAAGUGGUUCGUGCCACUUACCUUGCUGGCUGUUGCUGUUUGCAGCGGCCAUGCCGAUCAGGCCAGGUCAAAUGCGAACUCAUUACCUCGACCAGGUGGAGUAGUGUACCUUAUCGACGUGAUUUCCGAACCGAAGGACGCACCGGAAGUGAUUGACGAGCCCGUCAGUAAUGCUAUUCCGGAGAGCAGCAACGCUAAGCCCAAACACUCGUAUCUCUUGGUCAGACCGAUCCCCAUCGACGAGGCUGGAGAUGGAGUAUACUUCAGGCCUGAAAAUGGACAACCAUUGGGGGAACCUGAGACUCUUAAAGUACCUCCUCCCUCCACGUUAGUUAGACGAAGAAGGAGCAGCUACGGAAGCAAAGGUGGUGGCGGCGGUCUGCUAAGCGGGCUUUUGGGAGGCGGCUCCGGUGGUGGAUUUGGCGGCGGAUUUGGCGGAGGCGGUGGAGGAGGCGGAGGUGGCGGAGGAGGUUUUGGAUUUGGAGGUGGAAGCGGCGGUGGGAGCGGAGGUGGCUUCGGUAAAGGAGGCGGUGGCGGCCUCGGUGGUGGAUUAGGAGGCGGCCUCGGUGGUGGACAUGGAGGCGGAGGCGGCCUAGGUGGUGGACAUGGAGGCGGAGGCGGCCUAGGUGGUGGAGGCGCAGGUGGAGGCGGCCUAGGUGGUGGAGGCGCAGGUGGAGGCGGCCUUGGUGGUGGAGGCGCAGGUGGACAUGGUGGUGGAUCUGGAAGCGGUGGUUCUGGAGGUGGUGGAUUUGGAGGCGCCGGAGGUAGCGGCGGCCUUGGCGGCGGAGGCAGCGGCGGAUUUGGAGGUGGUAAAGGAGGCGGUGGUGGAGGCGGAGACGGUGGAUUCGCCACUGGAGACGUACAAAUUAUAGGAGGCGGUGGCGCCGGAGGUCUAGGCGGCGGUGGUGGCCACGGUGGUGCUGGCGGUGGUGGUAGUGGUGGAUUUGGAGGUGGUGGUUCAGGCGGUUCUAGCGGAGGAGGAUUCGGUGGUGACGGAGGUGGUCUUGGUGGCGGAAAAGGAGGCGGUGGCGGCGGUGGUCUUGGAGGCGGCGGCGGUCUUGGAGGCGGCGGCGGCCUUGGAGGCGGCGGAUCCGGAGGUCACGGUGGUGGCGGAUCUGGAGGUUUUGGCGGUGGAUCUGGUGGAUCUGGAGGUUUUGGCGGUGGAUCUGGCGGAUCUGGAGGCGGCGGAUUUGGUGGUGGAAAUGGAGGCGGCAACGGAGGUGGUGGUGGUGGCCUCGGAGGAGGUGGCGCUGGCGGCCACGGUGGUGGCGGUAGUGGAGGUUUCGGUGGCGGCAGUGGCGGCUUAGGAGGCGGAAGUAGUGGAGGAUUUGGAGGCGCCGGUAGCGGUGGUGGAGGUUUCGGUGGCGGCGGCGGCGGCCAAGGAAGUGGCGCUAGUGGAGGAUUUGGAGGUGCUGGUGGCCACGGAGGUGGCGGUAAUGGAGGAUUCGGAGGCGCUGGUGGAUUGGGAGGAGGCAAUGGUCUCGGAGGAGGCAAUGGUCUCGGCGGAGGCGGCGGCCACGGCGGUGGUGGCGGUCUCGGAGGAGGCGGCGGUCUCGGAGGAGGCGGCGGUCUCGGGGGAGGCGGCGGUCUAGGUGGUGGCUUAGGAGGAGGCGGCGGUGGCGCUGGAGGUCACGGAGGUGGCGGCUCUGGAGGUCAUGGUGGUGGAGGCGGAUGUUGUGGAGGCGGAAAAGGUUCAGCACAUGCCUCGGCACACGCUUCAGCCUCAGCUUCAUCUGGAAGCUAUGGAAAAUAAGCUAAAGAAGAAAUUUGCAACCAAAUCGUUCCAGGCAGUGAAAAUCUAAUAUUAAUAAAUGUUUCUUGUCAUACUCUACAAAUGUUAACAUGCGUGUGCGUUAUGUUAUUUUGUAAUUGUAAUUGUAUAUAUAAAAAUGAACAACUUAAGCAAUGUGAUAACUUAAUUUUACAAUAAAUAA